AUGCUAGUACUGAAAGAUUUAAUUAUUGAUUUGUUUCUUUAUUUUUCUUUUCAAGACACAGAUUCUCCUAUUAAAAUAUCUGAUGAUCAUGAUUAUCGUCAAGAUCUUGAUGAAAGAAAACGUCAAACACAAAUGAAUAAACGAUCAUCACGUUCUCGUUCACGUUCAAAAUCAACAAGUUCACGUACUUCAUCAAUAAAAGAAUCUAAAAGACGAUCUCCAUCAUCAUCAUCAUCAAGUCGUACAUCAUCAAUUAGUAAUCGUUAUCGACGACAACAAAGUGAAUAUAAUUAUGAACGUCAUCAUUCAUCAGAUAAAUCUUAUGAUUAUCAUCGACGAAAUAUUAAUAAUUCAACUUCAAUUCAUUCACAACCAGUACGUCAUCAAAGAUUUAAUUAUAAUCAUCAAUCAGUUGCUGAUCAUCCACGUUUUGCUAAUUUAAAUACAAGAUCUACUCCAAUAAAGAGUCUCAUGCAUGAUUCAUUUAAUAUAUCGAAUUAUUCACAAUCCAUAACAGAUUAUAGUGAUAGAUCAACUAUGACAAAUACAAAUCGAAAUUUCAAUUCUUUGUACUAUAAUGAUUUAUCUUCAAAUUAUCACAAUUAUUCAGAUGAUCAUAAUAACAAUCUUCCACCACCUCAACCGCUUAUGUCUACUACACCGGCAAUGAAUUUUUCUUAUUCAUUCGAUUCAAAACCAUCUCAUACAAUAGAACGUUUACAAAUGAUUCUUCAAAAUAGAACAAUAACAUCAUAUGAACAUGAACAAACAUCAAUAAGUGAUUAUUCUUCAUCGUCUUACGCAAUGAAUCCACCGCAAAAUAGUAAUAAAUCUUCUUGGUCUUCAUCGAGAUAA